CGCGGAAUCAAUUUAUCGAAAGCAGCUUGAAUCCAUUGAACUCAGUUUACAAAGUCUCGCGUCAAAAGCGGUUGAAUUGGUAAGAGAAGAUCCAGGGUUAGCGCACACUGACCCGUGGCUAAAACAGUUGAAUUGGGCGGCUGCACCUCCGAAAUCCAAAAAGCUUCCCGGUUUCCCACAAUGGUAUCGUGACCUUUACAACUCCAAGUCGGGAAAAUUCAAGAUUACUCCAAACUGUAGAAUCACACCUCUUUUGUUGAGAUUAAAAUGGGAGGGAUAUCCAUUAUUUUACUCCAAGACUCACGGAUGGACUUACCGAGUUCCUAAUAAUGAUGAUAAAUAUCAAACCAAAGCGAAACCGUGCAAAUUUGAUAAACCGUCAAAUGUUGAGACUGGAGAUAAUCUUGAGAAUGCUUCUGCAACAAAAAAUUACGAGGAACAAUUCUAUAACGACGACGAAGGAACGUAUUAUCGAAUUCCACAUAAGGAUGGCGAGAAUGCACGUUGCAUGUCUCCGUUAUCGAAAAAUUACAUCACCUCAUUUGAAGAAGGGAUAUUGUCUUCAGAAUACGAAGAAGCCAGAUCAGCAUUACAGAUGAACGCGGCUUGUUCUUAUUGGGUGAGCUCUCGUAAACGAAUAAAGAAUCAAAUGGUUGUAUACCAAGAUCACCCGGAAAUCAAAGACAUUGGAUUUGGUUUGGAUAAUGAAAAACUGGUGGGCAUAAUCUUACCACAAACAUUGGCAAUGGGAACCGUGACUCGUCGCGCCGUGGAAAACACCUGGAUGACGGCAAGCAAUCCCAAGGAAAAUAGGAUAGGAUCAGAACUCAAGGCGAUGAUCCAACCACCGAAGGGAUAUAAAAUUGUUGGCGCAGAUGUGGAUUUGGAAGAAUUGUGGAUAUCGAGUUUGAUCGGUGACUCUCAAUUCGGAUUUCACGGAGCGACUGCCAUGGGAUGGAUGACGCUUCAAGGGACAAAGGCAGCCGAGACUGACUUGCAUUCGCGUACUGCAAAGAUACUAAAUAUUUCUCGUUCGGAAGCAAAAAUCUUUAAUUAUGGUCGAAUUUACGGCGCCGGACUUAAAUUCGCCAUCCAAUUACUGAAACAGUUUAACAAAGAUAUCGAAACAGAAGAAGCAAAAGAUCUCGCAACCGAGUUAUAUUUCAAAACAAAGGGUAAGAGGUUUGAAUCACUUUGGUAUGGUGGCAGUGAAAGUUACAUGUUCAAUAGAUUGGAAGAUAUUGCAAAUGAUGAUCUUCCAAAAACACCGGUUCUGAAAUGUGGUAUCACCGAAGCACUGAGGUCCACUCGAGGAUUCAUGACAUCACGUGUCAAUUGGGUUGUACAAUCAUCUGGAGUGGAUUACCUGCAUCUGCUUUUGGUAUCCGUGCAUUAUUUGUUGGAAAAGUAUAAGAUUGACGCGCGUUUCAUGUUAUCGGUUCACGAUGAGGUAAGAUUUCUCGUGAAAGAGCAAGACAAAGAAAGGAUGGUAUUGGCACUUCAAAUAAGUAGUCUUUGGACAAGAGCGAUGUUUAGUUACAUGUUGGGAAUCAAAGAUUUGCCUCUA